AUGAGCUGCGUGGAGCUGGCCGAAGAUGCUGUUGCUGAGAUGGAGAUCGUCGAAGUUGACGACUCCAGUGAGAGCAGCGACUCUGACGACUCCGACUACGAGGACAUGGCUAAGACAUCUUCGUCCGGGAAGAGCGCGGAUGGGCUAUGCAAGGCGGAAUCCAUCGAAGAAAGCAGCUCGACAAACCCGAUCGCCUUCUUCCAGGAAGAAAUCCAAGAAGCGCAGUCGGACCCCGAAACCAAGUUCCUGGCUAGACGUUGGCCAGCAGUCGAAGAUGAGUACGCGGCCUUGGUCGAGACGGAACCCUGGCUGGAGAUGUUCAACAACCGGGUCAAGUACAUGAAGGACCACCUUCCGGCCUUCUGGCACAUCCUGCACUGGUUCAUGAUGAAGACUAAACCCGAAGAUGACGAGAACUGUGACGACCUCACGAUCUACGAACGGGCUCAGGACCUUCACCGGAAACGCCAAGCGUUCCACGACGGGGUUGCGCGCACCUUCGGGGCCCGCAUCAAGCGUCUGAUCAAGGCCGGUAUGCCCAAGACCAUGAUCUGUUACCUGUACCUGGUCGACGAGUCAACCAAGAAAGAAGAUGGCACGCGCUACACUCUGGCCGACCAGAUCGCGAUGUCUGAACAUGAAGACCCCGGCCGAACUCAGUGGACAACCUGUACGGAGGACGAGCGUCUGCCACAUGCCCCGGCCAAGAUCCUCGACAAGCUGCUGCUCAAGGAACAUGAGCGCGUCAGCAACUGGGUCUCGACCAAGUUCCAGUGA